AUGGACCGCAUCAAGGAGAAAAUGAACCAGCUUCGCCUGGAGGCCGACGAGGCAUCUUCCAAGGUUGAGGAGCUCCAGUCCAAGGUCAAGGUUCUCGAGCAGGAGAACCUGUCCAAGGAGCAGGAAAUCACCUCGCUGCAGCACAAGAACGGUCUUCUCGAGGCCGAAGUCGAGAAGCUUGAGGGCAGUGUUAAGGAUCACAAGAAGGCUGCCGACGAGAGCACAACUACCGGCACUCAGAACGAGACCCUGCAGCGGAGGCUCCAGCUUCUUGAGGAGGAGGCCGAGGAUGCCGACAAGACUCUCCGCGAGGCUAACGAGAAACUUCGUCAGACCGACGUCAAGGCUGGCCACUUUGAGCGCAAGGUGCAGGCCCUUGAGGUCGAGCGUGACCAGUGGGAGGCCAAGUACGAGGAGAUGGCGAAGAAGCACACGGAACUCAAGAAGGAGCUCGAAGAGCUUCAGAACGAGAUUGGCAACAUCUAA